AUGCGGAACCUCAAUGGGUACGAGAUCAAUGGACGCAACCUCCGGGUGGACUUUGUCGAUGGUAAGGACAAGUCUGGAGGGUCCGAACGAAAACGUCACGAGACUGGAAGCCAUAAUGGGGACAAGUCUGGAGGGUCCGAACGCAAACGUCACGAGACUGGAAGCCAAUCUCGACCUGGGGGAGCUACUGGUAGCAACUUUUGGAGCGAGGGCGGGCACCCGACGAUGGGGACUGGAGAGAUGGCGAUCCAUGCAAUCGAGUCGGCCAUCUCUCGGUUCGGACCAGUCAAGUUGUACGACAUGUUGGUGCAGCUGAAGGAGCAUGCAACGCAGAAGCCAGAGGUGACCAAGAGCAUUAUGAUGGCGAACCCAGCGCUCACACCUGCACUUGUGCAGAGUUUCAAGACACUGCAGAUCUCCAUUCCGUCGUCAACAGAGACACAAGCAGUGUUGCUGGCCCCUCCUCCCAUGAUGCACCAACCACCACCCAUGGCAGGAAGGAUGAUGCAGCAACCGCUACGGCCAUCUAUGGGCGGGUCUGCGGUAUCUAGUUCUGGUAUUCUAGGUAUGGCCCCGCCAGGUGUUCAGUCGGCUAUGCCAGGAGCGUCAGCAAAAGCUGGUGGUACGCGAUGGAGUGCACGACCGGGGCCUUUGGCUGCUCAGGCGACGAGUGCCGCUAUGACCAACAGACCCGCCCCUGCUUCUAGCCCGAUGCACACUCAGUCUUAA